AUGCUACCGCCCGCAAAGCAAACCACCAAGACCAAAGGAAUGUCCAACACCACCACCACCACCACCACCACUUCCACGCCCACCACACACACAGACCCCGUGCUUCUCCUCUUCCUCCUCGCCCUCCCCCCUCGAACUUCUCCUCCCCCUCUCCUCUUGCCCUCCCCCUCGAACUUCUCCCCCUCCCCCCUCCCCUCCCUUCUCCCAAUUCUUAACGAUUUUGUCGGCCUCCACCCCCUCCACCAUGCAUAUUCCACAAUUCCGCAUCGUGGAUCGCGCCCCCUCUUCCUCUUGCACGCAAUGCUACGGCCACCCCAAUCAAGCGGGCACCCCAAUGUCGCCGGGACGACAAUCACACGGGCAACGCCCGUGGACCGGAAAACACAACCACCACAACACAACAUCUAA